GAGCAGAGCAGCUUGUGUUUACGCUGUUCCUAUAGUAACGUACAAGCGUUGUGGAAGGGAAACCACGCUGUACCUAGAUUAACUAGACAGCUUCCAGGAUGCAGACGAAGCUGUGCCCUUUGGCAAAAUUAGAAGAAACGGUAGGGGGAAACUCGAAGGGGAGCCAUGAUUUUUGUACGGAGGUCAAAAACUCUACUAAACACGACGGCCACGCUGCAGGUGGGGAAACUGACCUUUCGGACCGGGUCAGACAGAAAUGCUUGGAGGCUGACGGGCAAAAGUGCAAAUCAGGACCCAAGCAGGACAAGAAUGACAAGGACCCAGGUCCCAGAAUGACAAAGGAAUUCCUAAAAGCCCACUGCAAACAGCAUAAACUUUACAUGACCCCAUACCUGAAUGACACACUCUACCUGCACUACAAAGGAUUCUCCACCAUCGAAAACUUGGAGGAGUACACAGGGCUGAAGUGUCUUUGGCUGGAGUGUAACGGCCUGCAGCGGAUCCAGAACCUGGAAGCCCAGGUCCAACUGCGAUGCUUAUUCCUCCAACAGAACCUGAUCCACAGGCUGGAGAACCUGGAGCAGCUGAGUCAGCUGUGCACGCUCAACGUCUGCAACAACUAUAUCAAGCUUGUCGAGAACAUCUCAUGUCUCCCUGAGCUGAGUACCCUGCAGCUGGGCCACAACGUCAUAGAGAACAUGCAGGACAUCGCCCACCUGGCCCUCUGCCCCACCAUCUCUGUCCUCGACCUGUCGCACAACAAGCUGAGAGACCCUGCCAUCCUUGGCGUCCUCGAGGCCAUGCCCAACCUCAGAGUCCUGAAUCUGAUGGGGAAUGAAGUCAUUCGGAACCUCCCCAACUACAGGAAGACACUGAUUGUGCGUCUGAGGCAGCUGACUUACCUGGACGACAGGCCUGUGUUCCCCAAGGACCGGGCGUGUGCCGAGGCCUGGGCCAGCGGGGGCCUGGAGGCGGAACGGGCCCAGCGGGAGAUGUGGGAAACCCGGGAGAGGAAGAAGAUCCAGGACAGUGUAAACGCAAUGAUCGCCAUCCGGGACAGGGCCAGGGACAAGCGGAGACUCGAGGGGCAGCAGGAGCACGUCAAGGCAGCUGCAAUGGCUGAGAAGCCGACUGGGCAGGAGAAGAUUAAGGCCUUCGUUGAGGAUUGCCUGCAGGCUCAGCAGGAGAUUCAGGAGAGUGACGCUGUGGGAGGUCAGCCAGAGUUGAGGGCUUCCACUUUGCCCCAUCAGAGCCAGGAAGCAGGACCUAGCCUUCCAGCUGCUGAUAUGCCUGUCAAGCUGAUGGCCACCCAGGGAUCCUCAAUUGCCGCAGAGCAGGGGACACAGCCGACGGCAGCCCAGGACAGCUUGCUGAUCACAGAGCUGGAUGUGGUGCCAACUGCCACUCAGGGGAAACGGCUGAUCACAGAGCCAAUGAAUCAGCGUGCGGCUGUGGAGACACAGCCGAUGGGCACUCAAGGUGUUUUCGUCACAGAGCUGGAGAGAUCAGACCAAUUGCAAACGAUUCAUUUGGACGACGAUUCCAAGAUCUUCAUUGCUGACCUUCCUGACUUGGAGGAGGUGGAGGAUACAGACGUUUCUGCAGAGCAGUAUGUGUUCCGACCGAUAAUCGAAGUGAUCUCCGAGGAAGGAGAAACACACCCACAGUCGAUCCGAGAGGUCGACCGCACACCCUCAUGGGUGCAGAGGCCCGAUCCCAAGCCUUCCGAGCUGAUUCUCAGGGUAGAUAGUGGGCCACCCAGCAGUCACACGUUUCCAGAACAUUUCCUGGCAGGAAAUGCUCCUCAGCUUAGAGAAUCCCCCCCUGGCCUGCUAGGCCAACUGGAAGUACCCCGAGCCAGCCAGCAUCCCCCCCAGCCCAGGGUCCUGAUCAAGGAGCUGGACUGAGGAGGGAAGGUUUUAGUAACGGCCAGAUAUUGAUCAUAUACUGUCUCUGAGUUUCAGCAAACUCAUGGUUCCUGUCUUAAGUUUCAGUAACAUACCUUAACUUGCACGCAUUUUCUUAAUGAAAUUAAAUAUACAAUACUCAGUUUACAACUUACUCAUAGACGACUACAUUUAUUCAGUGUUCAUGUGAGCUUUUCUCCCUUGGUUUCUUUGUAAUUGUUAUUUAACGACAUAUACAUGUGAAAGCUUCUGUCUGUGCGGUUUUUACGCCGCACAAAGCCGCUACCAUUGAGAGUAUCGCUGCAUUGAUGUACAUGCUGCGUGUGGUUCCAGAAUUCAAAAUCGCAAAAAGACGCAGUAUUUUUGUGUAUAAUUAAGGAAAUGUCUCAUCUGGUAACUCAAAAGAAAGCGAUGCAUAAUCCCA